GCAAGACAGAGGGAGAGCAGAUGAUGCUAUUUUCCUUGCAGACAUGUUCCUUGCUCAAACCAAAGCAAAGGAAGCGAAGGACAAAGCAACAUCUGCUAAAGGUAAUAAAUUUAAUGUCCGAUGGGUGGAGAGAGAUGCUAAAGGACGUCCACUGCUAAAAAGAAGCAGAAGUGGAGAGACACGAAAACGUGCUUCAGCUACAGUUGUUUCUGUGGUUGGCAGUGAGGACGCUACACCUUUUGAGUCACCUGAGGAGGUUCCCACAGUUACCCAAUCAAACUGCUCUUACGGUACCUUACGGUAAUUAUGCAAUUUAGCAAUAAGCGUGAAAGGAAUUAUUAUUUUCUUAUUUCUGUCUUUUAGACAUUGAGAUGCAGAAACUGCAGGAUAUUCUGACCUCAGCAGAUGUUCAAGGCACCAACAAGUCCCCUUCAACAUCCACAUCAUGGUGCUUGCGCCAAUCUGUAGCCCAAGAUGAGUGGCGGAAAGCAAGGUCCUAUCACAGCAACUGCUUGCUGUCCUGCAAUGUGGCUCCAGAAAAGAACUGCAGCCACUGCACAUCUCCUGCCAUCAUUCGCUGCAGAGACUGCAUGCCCCAAGAGUGGCUGUGCAUGGAUUGUGACACACACAUACACAAAAAACUCACCCUCCAUAACAGGGAGUCCUGCAUUGAGGGAAUUUACAAGCCCAUUGAGCCAACAGUGUGCUGUGUAAAAAAAGAUGGCAAAUAUACACUGGUCAAUCAAGUAUGUUUAUUACCUACAGUGAGACCUGUCCAGUUAUGCACUUGCGACCCUUCAAACUUCACAGAAUCAGCUGGCAGAGCAAUAAUUUUGGUUUGCAUAAAUGGUCGGUAUGACUUGCACUUGCCAAACUUGCUGUGCAGAUUAUGUCUGGCUCAUUGGACACCUGACAUGAGCGACCUAAUAAGAAGUGGGUACUGGCCAGCAUCUGUGAAAUAUGACACGCUGUUUUCAGUCGAUGUCUUCAGCACAUUUGAAGAAAUGAAAACUGUUGCACCAGGAUUAUCAAGACAAGGUUUUUUGCGGAUGUUGGAGAGGAGGACUUCAGUGUGGAUCAAAGUUGCCUUAAGUAGAGAUGGGAGAAUAUUAGUGUAG